CCCACCAAAGUAAACAACUUAGCUAAUUGAAGAGUGCUUCUCAUACAUAUCAAACAAUGGCAUCCAACACCCUCGUAGUUCUGGCCCUAACCCUAACCCUAGCCACCCUCUUCUCCUCCGCCACCCCAAGCUAUCUGUGCCCGUGGUGUCCGCCGACCCCAACCCCUCCGACCCCCGCCCCGCCGCCCCCCUCCUCGUGCCCGAUCGAUGCGUUGAAGCUCGGAGUGUGUGCCAACGUGCUGGGCGGGCUCAUCAAUGGCACCAUCGGCCAUACGCCGGACGGGGAAUGCUGCCCCCUGAUCGCCGGUUUGGUUGACGUUGAGGUCACCGCCUGCCUCUGCAUCGCCCUGAACUUGAACGUCCUCGGCAGCAACCACCUAAUCCCUCUCUACCUCCCUGUCCUCCUCAAUUACUGCGGCAAGCAAUCCUCCAACUUCAAAUGCCCCAGUGCUUCUCAUACAUAUCAAACAAUGGCAUCCAACACCCUCGUAGUUCUAGCCCUAACCCUAACCCUAGCCACCCUCUUCUCCUCCGCCACCCCAAGCUAUCUGUGCCCGUGGUGUCCGCCGACCCCAACCCCUCCGACCCCCGCCCCGCCGCCCCCCUCCUCGUGCCCGAUCGAUGCGUUGAAGCUCGGAGUGUGUGCCAACGUGCUGGGCGGGCUCAUCAAUGGCACCAUCGGCCAUACGCCGGACGGGGAAUGCUGCCCCCUGAUCGCCGGUUUGGUUGACGUUGAGGUCACCGCCUGCCUCUGCAUCGCCCUGAACUUGAACGUCCUCGGCAGCAACCACCUAAUCCCUCUCUACCUCCCUGUCCUCCUCAAUUACUGCGGCAAGCAAUCCUCCACCUUCAAAUGCCCGUAGGCCAUGCGCGCACGCACGCCUUUCGUAUAUUCUACUACUACUAUUUGUAUACAGUUGAUUUUCUAUGCUAUAUACGUGCGAGAUGUCUCCUAUGUGAAGUGGCAACCUACUCUGUUGCUUUCUCUUAGGAAAGUUUGAACACUAUAUACGCAUACAUGCAUAUGCAUGUAAGUCGUGUACUUGUAAUGUCCGUGGUUUGCAAUUUGUGUGUGUCAUGUAUGUUUGAGAAUAAA